AUGACAACAUCUGUGGCCAGCGCCGCGCGGCAUGUGCGACCAACUGCGCAGGACGAUGUGCUUCAUCAAGAUGAAGUUGGCCAUCGAGUCACAAAACAUGGCCUCGAGGUAGUGCAAUACAUCAAGGGUCUUUAUGACUCGGGCGCCAAGAUCUGGACCAAAGAGAUGUUUCAAAACAUAGAGGCAGAGCUCGCAAACGAUAUAAAACCCUCGAGUGUUAUGGUACGGAGCAUGAACGGCUUGCAAAGGCGCAGGGGCGUGUCUGCUGAGGGAAUUGACGACAAGGAUCCUGAUAUGGGAUAUAUGCACCAUUAUAUCAUGUUUAAGAUAUACCAAGAGAUCCUUUAUGAAGCCGAGGAAGAAGAGCUGGAAAUCGCCGACGGUAAAGACAUUGACUGGGAAGAUAGUCAUAAUACAAUUGCCCCCACCUCCUUGGAGUUGGCGCUAAUAUCCAAGAAAACACUUACAAUAGACUUUGCCGAGCUCGAGGCUGCAUGGAACGAAAGCCAGCACAACUGGACCCUAAGUUCUGCAUACAGUGAGCUCGUAGCGGUUCUACGAAAAGCAACCUUUCCACCCACUACGAACAAGAUAGUAUGCUUCGGGCUUGGCAGCUUAGAGGGAUCGCAGGAUUAUCCCACUUUGCAGGAUAUGGCAAAAUGCGACGGCCUUCCACGCCGUGCCGCUAUUACACAACAUGCCGCUGCCCUUACAAUAGCUGAGGUACUGGGUCAGCAGCUGCAACGAGACCCUUUGCCGAUCUACGCUCAGGACCCUGCCUACUCUCCCACCGCAACACGAAUACUGGAGGAGAAAGGUAUCAAUGUUGUGGGAGGUUGCGGCAGCCUGGCCUUUACACUUGUUGACGAUGAUACCGUGGUAUUCAGCUGCCAUCCUAACAUCGCGGUGAAGCAGAUAGUUGCCGAUAUUGCAAGACCAGUAGCCAUGUUGUGGAACCGAGUCACGCCAGAGGAGGAAGAAAACAGCCGAUGGACUGUCGAGAUAGUAAACGGGGAGACAAUAUUCAUAUCACCCUGGUUGACGGAUCAAGAUUCUCCUCGGACACGUGCGCUUGUAGAAGGCUAUGAAGGGAUUCCGUUCCCUGAAGAGCAGGAGCGUUUCGGGGACCUUGUGAUGUACAUUCGGCAGGAUUGA